CUUCCCCUGCACGACGUCACAGCCACCUACCCGACCGGCCCCCUGCGCCUCAACCCCGCCGACAUCCCCGGCUACGAGCCCACCCAAGAAGCCCCCGCCGAGCCCCUCGAAGCCUACGGCUGGUUCCGGCGCUCCAACACCGCGUCGCCGCCCGAAUACCUGGGGCUCGAGGAGGGGCUCGCGGCCGUCGCAAAAGUCAUGUCCGAGGAGGGCCCCUUCGACGGCGUGAUCGGGUUCUCGCAGGGUGCCGCCAUGGCCGCCAUGGUGGUUUCGUUGCUCGAGCCGGGCCGGAAGGAGGCGUUCGAGAGGUUUUUGGAUGCCAGUGUUGCGUCGGAGGGGAAGGCCGAGGCUGAUGCAGUUGUCUCGGGGGUGCCGUUUCCGAAGGCGUUUGAGGGCUUGAGUCACCCGCCUUUCAAGUUUGCGCUGUGUUAUAGUGGGUUCCGCUCGCCUGGCGCCCGGUAUCGUGGGUUCUAUGAGAGUCCGGCGCUGCAGACGCCGAUUUUGCAUGUCUUGGGGUCGUUGGAUGCGGUUGUGGAGGAGUCGAGGAGCAGGGCGCUGGUGGAGGCUUGUGCGGGAGAUCCGGAGAAGGAGGGUAAGGUUGUUUGGCAUCCGGGUGGUCAUUUCCUGCCGAGUCAGAGGCCGUAUUUGGAUGCUGCGGUGCGGUUUAUUAGGGAGCAGUUGGAGGGUGGUAACAAGAAGGAUGCCGAGGAGGAGGAUGUGAAUGAUAUGGACUUGCCCUUUUAG